AUGCUUUUAGCAGAGGAGCCCGCGACGCUCAUCUCGCACACGAUCGACAACUUCAACAUCCAACCAGACAAGCAAGCCAUCGCCCGCAUCAAUGAAUCCCUCUCCACCCUCCAACAGGCCCGCGAGCUGCGUCUCCGCGAGGCAGAGAAUGCCCUCAAGAAACUCUCCCGCCAACUAAACACAAUGACAUCCCAACACGCAGAACUGACCUCGGCCCACUCCUCCACCGCCCACGCCUCCGAGAUAGCCCGCCUCGACACCACGAAAUUCCGCACCGCAAAGGCGGCGUCCGACGCAGAAAUGGAAGCAGAGCGCCUCGCCCAACAGGCCGCAGACCUCAACGCCCGCCUGCAGGAGCUCGAGAUCCAAGGCCUCGACGGCUCCGCCGACGACCAGGCGCGCCGCCGCGACCCCGUCGACGACGAGGUGCUGCUGCGGCUCAAAGUGUACCGCAGCCUAGGUAUCGAGAUUGAGCGCGACGGGAAGGACGGUAGCGGCACGGGUGAGUUCACGCGCGCGGUUGUGAGGAAUGAUCGCAAGGGGGAUGUGCAUGUUGUCAAUAUGGACAAGAAGUUUUCAAAGUUCUUUUAUGCCAAUUACUUUUGGCAGACUUUGUAA